AUAAACGAACUGCCCCUCUGACUCGUUAGACCAAUGAGAAGCCGAGUUUCGCUCUGCGUCACGCUUGUGCGUCGUUGCAUUGUCUCGCAGCGGAUGGACGGAGUUUCGUCUCCACAUGUCAUUGCCUCAUCGUUUGUUUUGGAAAAUAGCGUCUAAUGAGAGCAAGUAUCUGUUUUUCUGGGGUGAUUUGCCAUCCGAAACAGCUCGGCUCUGACUGUGUGAAAUAGGGAAUGAACGACGAGACAGCAUCGGACAGCUGGACGAGAAACUCCGGGUGCUCCAGUAUUGAGCAAAUGCUGGCUGUGAAUCCCGGAAAGACGCCCAUCAGUCUGCUGCAGGAGUAUGGAACGCGGAUAGGCAAGACCCCAGUGUAUGACCUGCUGAAGGCAGAGGGACAGGCCCACCAGCCCAACUUCACUUUCCGUGUCUCUGUCGGAGAGAUCAACUGCACCGGCCAAGGGCCCAGCAAGAAGGCAGCCAAGCACAAAGCAGCCGAGGCUGCUCUGAAGAUGCUCAAGGGAGGCCUUGGAGGUCCUACUGGAGCUGGUGUUGAAGUAGACGGGCUUAUUGAGGUUGAUGUGCCUGCUGAUGGAGACGGCUCUUCAUCAGAGAUGAAACCGACAGGAAGUUCCCAGCAGUCAGAAUGUAACCCUGUGGGAGCUCUGCAGGAAUUGGUGGUGCAGAAAGGCUGGCGCUUGCCAGAGUACACGGUCACCCAGGAGUCCGGUCCAGCACACCGCAAAGAGUUUACCAUGACCUGCAGAGUAGAGAGAUUUGUAGAAAUAGGAAGUGGUACUUCCAAGAAGCUUGCCAAGAGAAACGCAGCAGCAAAGAUGUUAUUGCGGAUACAUGAUGUCCCCGUAGACCUGAGGGCCAGUAACGAUGCUGACACAGAAGAUGACACAUUUACAUCGCACAUGGGAAGUAGAGCUGAGUCAGGCAAAAGUAAAGGGAGUUGCACGUGGGACUCUCUGCGCAACUCUGCUGGAGAGAAGAUCCUACAGCUCCGCAGCCACCCGCUGGGCAUGCCUUCCGACUCCAACUUCUGCUCUUUAUUGAGCGACCUGUCCGCCGAACAGCGCUUUGAUGUCAGCUACUUGGACCUGCAGGAGCGAAGUCUGAGUGGACUGUGCCAGUGUCUAGUGGAGUUGUCUACACAGCCAAUCACAGUGUGCCACGGCUGUGCUACAAGCACAGACGCCGCUCGAGCCAGCGCAGCCCAUAAUGCACUGCAGUACCUCAAAAUCAUGGCCGGAGGGAAGUGACGAUACGCCGUGUCAUCUUUCCUCUGCAGCUACUAGAACUCGCCAUGCCUUCGUGCCACAAUAGAUUCCUACUGUGGAGGACGGAGACACUUAUCAGCAAAACACAAUGAGUUCAAAUUAGCUGAAUUACCUCAGAUACGGAGAGUUUUUCUGUUCUAAAAUGAAUCCUCCGAGUGCUUUUAAAUGUGUUCCAUGUAAAUAUAUAUAUUUUUUUAUUAUAAUUUAUUUAGAACUACAUUUGCCAUUUUUAGUUUUGUUUGCAUUUUAUUCCUACAGAAAAAAAAACAACAUUCUGGCCAUCUUAUCUGAAUUGAUCUAUGGAUCUUUUGAAUACAAAUGUUUGUAGGCAGUAACCAGUGUAGGAAGGAAUGUGGAAUCCACAGUGUGUGAUGCUUUUUUUUUUUUAUAAAUCCCCCGAUCACAUGGUUGGACCUCAUCAAUAAACAUGAACUCUGCUGAAUCAGAGAAUUCAGAGACUGCCCCUUUUAGCUUUUGUCACUUUGAAAGAGGCAACAUUUGUUUAUCAUACAUAUUAAUUUGAGCUUUUGAUAGAAACUGUUUUUAGUCUUGGCUGAUAAUAUUCUGAAUGUGAAGUCAAUUUAUUUCGUAGUUCAUAAUUAUAGUCCUUUGAAAUGUGAAGUAUGGCGCAUAUUUAGUAAAUAUUAAAUUAGUUAAAUUUACAAUUUAAAUUUUUUUGCUGCUGUUUAUUGCAGAUAGGUUACUUGUGUAAAUCAGUUGACGUAUUGUGCAGAAACUAUAGGCAUAAUUUGAAAAACCCAUGAAGCAAACAUGCUGGAAAAAGAAUGACAAGGUUCUAAAUACCAAAUAAUUUUAACUUUGGUCCCGGAGGGAGGAGAUCAAUGCAUGAUUUUACAGGAUCAUUGUGUUGGUUAAUAUAUUAUUCAUUGAUUUGUCAUUUGUUGUUUUUGUGUUGUCAUGCAUCAGGCUGUCAACCUACAAGUAAUCAGGUUUUUUAAUUAACCUGAAAAGGCCUCUUACUUUUUAUAAUGUGCUCCUUUUUUCUGAUAAAAUGUUCUCCCAUUUGAUUGGAAAUUUUCAGUUUGACAUACUAAUGAAGAUAAGUAAGCGGAAACCAUAUUUAUAUUGAAACAUUACGGUGUCUGUGACUUUUGAGAAGUAUUGCAGUUCAGGGAAAAGCAUCCGAAUUGACCUCUGUCACGUGUCUUUCUCCUUCCAAGUGGAAGACUUAGGAAUAUUAGGAACUCUGGAGUUGGUUGGAUUUGAUUCUCUACCUGUUGAGAAUUUUGUCUCACUCUGUGUACCACGGUUUUUCACGAGGUCACUGCAAGAAUAAAGUGAAACUUAAGUGUGCACACACACAUAUAUGUAUAGUGCCAUUUGAAACUUUUUUCACCUUCAUGAACAUGACAGAAAAAAUAUCUUUAUUAUAUACAGCAUAUUUCAUC